AUGACGGAAGCUUCUGACGAAUUUCAGGGCAAAGAGAUUUCAUUGGCGCAACAUACCUAUAAUAUCUCUCCGAAGAAGAAAGGACAAAAGCGCCCGCACUUUCCGGAGGAUGACGAGGAGGCAAACUACGCGUUCAGUAGUAGACGCAUGACCAACAAGGAAGGCAAAGGAAUGACCAAAUGGUAUUGCUUUUGUGCCUUUAUCUGGUUGGCUGUUAUUGGAAUGGCAGCCUAUCUGGUUCCGACAUAUUUAUUGAAUACUUCUAAAGAAUCCAAUCUUGCACCUCUGGCACCAGCACCUUCGUCGCCACCCUCGCCCACUCGAUCACCAGCUCCCAUCGUGACCCGAAAACCGGUUGCAGGAAGUCCUGGUGGAUUGGGUGGUGGUGGUGGUGGUGGUGAUGGAGAUGACGACAUCACUACGGAUCCACCUCAAAUGACACCCGCCCCUUCGAACGGUGUGCCAGCAACCAAGACACCUACCCGCCUUCCGACACCAUUCCCCAGCAGUGUCACGGUGACGACACCAACCCCAACCGCCAACAAUGGAAUCCCAACUGCGAGUCCCACCAAUUUGCCAGUGGCAGAGCCAUCGGCGCAACCAUCCUUCUCCCCCGAUCCAAUCCGUGACUACAUUCUUACUAUUGCAUUUGAAGGAGGUGAUGAGUUCCAAGAUCCCGAGAGUUACCAAUCCAAAGCCUUGUCUUGGCUCAUGACGCAACAAGUUCCAUCCAAUCCACAUAUAGAUGUAUCAGCACGACAAGGGUCAAGAUUGGUCAAUCUGUCCUUGGAACAAGAAGCCAAACAAUUGUACGCAUUGGCCUGUUGGUAUUACAACACCAAUGGAGUGGCCAACUUGGCGACGGAUGAAUUCUGGUUGCCCAACUUGCCGGCGGGUACUACCCAACUACCAGGAUGGUUCGAUGAGGACGGCUGGUUAUCCUCAGCUUCCACAGUCUGUUCGGAAUGGUUCGGAAUUGGUUGCAACCAAGAUGGAUUGGUGGAAGCCAUUGUCAUGAAUGACAAUCUGCUGAGUGGAAAAAUUCCCAACGAAAUUGGUUUGCUGAAAGAUUCCUUGCGGUACAUGGACGUCCGAGAGAAUUAUUUGGCCAAUAUUGGAUACGGGGAAUACAACUUUUUCAAUUACCUGACCAAUGUACAGAUAUUGAAAUUGGGAUUCAAUUAUUUGUCCUACGAUGGGAUUCCACCCCAAUUGGGUGCCAUGACAAGUCUCGUUGACUUGGAUGUUAGUUACAUGCUGUGGUAUGGCGAACUCAAGCCUGGUGUAUUUCAACCUCUGCAGAAUUUGGAAUUUUUGGCAAUGGGAGGAAAUGAAUACAACAGUGCCUUGCCCAAUGAUUUGGUUCAAUUGCCAAAUUUGAAGUUCUUGUAUGCCGAGUUUACAAACAUUAAAGGUAACUUGGAUUUCAUUGGCGACUUGACUGGCAUGGAAGAGAUAUGGAUUGACCAAAAUGCCAUUACUGGAACAAUUCCGACGACGAUUGAAAACCUUGUUUCGAUGGAAUCCUUGUCAUUCACCCUGUGUCAAAUCUCUGGGACAAUCCCGUCGACCGUGGGCAACCUCCAAAUGCUGCGACAGGCGUGGAUGAGCAACAACGAUCUGACUGGUCUUAUUCCGCAAGAGUUUGCGAAUUUAGGUAAUUUGGAACGGUUGCAUUUGCAAGGGAAUAAUUUGAAUGGUGCAAUGCCUUCAGCAAUUUGUGAAGAACGAUUUCCUUUUGGCAGAUUGACAUACUUGCAGGCCGACUGUGACGGUCUUGGUAAUGUUGACUGUGGUCAGGGAGAUUGUUGCACAUGCUGUGGCCCCGACUGUCCGGAUUUUUAG